CGCGAGGCGGAGGCGGUCCGCGGACUGACGCUGCUAGAGCCGAAGCGCGAGCCGGGCGAGGCCGCAGCCAGGGGCGGCAGGAGCGGCGGGAGCAGGGCUGGUCGGCUCCAUGGCGCCAGUGGCGCCCGUCUGAGCAGCGCGGGCAGCGGCAGGCGGCGGCCGGAUCGGGCCGCGGCUUUUACGCACCAUGGGGGACGUGCUGUCCACGCACCUGGACGACGCCAGGCGCCAGCACAUCGCAGAGAAAACCGGGAAGAUCCUGACGGAGUUCCUCCGCUUCUACGAGGACCAGUAUGGUGUGGCUCUCUUCAACAGCAUGCGACACGAGAUCGAGGGCACCGGGGCGCCACAGGCCCAGCUGCUCUGGCGCAAGGUGCCCUUGGAUGAGCGCAUCAUCUUCUCGGGGAACCUCUUCCAGUACCAGGAGGACAGCAAGAAGUGGAGGAACCGCUUCAGCCUCGUGCCGCACAACUAUGGGCUGGUGCUCUACGAGAACAAAGUGGCUUAUGAGCGGCAGGUCCCACCCCGAGCUGUCAUCAACAGUGCGGGCUACAAAAUUCUCACCUCCUUGGACCAGUACCUGGAGCUUGUUGGCAACUCCUUACCAGGGACCACAUCAAAAUCGGGCACUGCCCCCGUCCUCAAGUGCCCCACGCAGUUCCCGCUCAUCCUCUGGCAUCCUUCUGCGCGUCACUACUACUUCUGCAUGAUGACGGAAGCUGAGCAGGACAAGUGGCAGGCUGUCCUGCAGGACUGCGUCCGCCACUGCAACAACGGGAUCCCCGAGGACUCCAAGGUGGAGGGCCCCGCGUUCACGGACGCCAUCCGCAUGUACCGCCAGUCCAAGGAGCUGUACGGCACCUGGGAGAUGCUGUGUGGGAACGAGCUGCAGAUCCUGAGCAACCUGGUGAUGGAGGAGCUGGGCCCUGAGCUGAAGGCAGAGCUCGCCCCCCGGCUGAAGGGGAAACCGCAGGAGCGACAGCGGCAGUGGAUCCAGAUCUCGGACACCGUGUACCGCAUGGUGUAUGAACAGGCCAAGGCACGCUUGGAGGCCGUGCUGUCCAAGCUGCAGCUGGCCCGGCCGGCCAUGGAGGCGGUCAUCCGCACCGACAUGGACCAGAUCAUCACCUCCAAGGAGCAUCUGGCCAGCAAGAUCCGAGCCUCCAUCCUCCCCAAGGCGGAGGUGUGUGUCCGGAAUCAUGUCCAGCCCUAUAUCCCGUCCAUCCUGGAGGCCCUGAUGGUGCCCACCAGCCAGGGCUUCACCGAAGUGCGGGACGUCUUCUUCAAGGAGGUCACCGACAUGAACCUGAACGUCAUCAAUGAGGGCAGCAUCGACAAGCUGGGCGAGUACAUGGAGAAGCUGUCCCAGCUGGCGUACCACCCCCUCAAGAUGCAGAGCUGCUAUGAGAAGAUGGAGCCGCUGCGGCUCGAUGGGCUGCAGCAGCGUUUUGACGUGUCCAGCACGUCUGUGUUCAAGCAGCGAGCCCAGAUCCUCAUGCGUGAGCAAAUGGACAACGCCGUGUACACCUUCGAGACCCUCCUGCACCAGGAGCUGGGGAAGGGGCCCACCAAGGAGGAGCUGUGCAAGUCCAUCCAGCGCAUCCUGGAGCGGGUGCUGAAGAAAUACGACUAUGACAGCAGCACCGUGCGGAAGCGCUUUUUCCGGGAGGCUCUGCUGCAGAUCACCAUCCCAUUCCUGCUCAAGAAGCUGGCGCCCACCUGCAAGUCGGUGAGUGCGCCCUCUCCCCCCACUGUGGUGUCCGUGGUCCAGGACGAGGAGGUGGGGCUGCCCUUCGAGGCUGUCCCUGAGCCCCUACCACCUGCGUCCGCAGACAGCAUCACCGAGCUCCGUGGUCUGCUGGCCCGGGAUCUGCAGGCUGAGAGCCCCCCGCUGGCCGGCCCCCUGCUCAAUGGGGCCCCCGCCCAGGAGAGCCCCCAGCCCGGGGCAGCCCCUGAGGCCGCCUCACCGCCUGCCUCACCCCUCCGGCAGCUCCCGCCUGGAAAGGCCUCGGACCUCGAGCCUCCCAAGCCCAGUGACCAGGAGACCGGGGAGCAGGUGUCCGGCCCUGGCGGCCGCCCCCCAAUCCAUACCACCACCGAGGACGGUGCAGGGGUGCAGACUGAGUUCUAGGCCAGUCGCCCCCGAGCUUCUGUUGGACAUGGCGCACGGGCCACUCCCUGAGGCACUGGAAGGCUCGGCUCUGGGCGGGGAGCGCUGGAUCUCUGCCUUCCAGGUGGGGAUGGGGCCAGGCUGGUGUGGCACCUCUGGGGCGGAGACGGGCCCACCUGAGUCACUUUAUUGGGUUUGGUCACACUUGGUCGGCCUGUUUUCUCUUAUGUGGGAUGAUCUCGGCUUUCCUCCUCCUGCCGGGGGCAGAGCACAGCGGAGGGGGCUGGGAGCACGCGGUGGCCCUGGGUCCCUGAGCCCUGCGUCCCUGCCCCGCCUCUGUGGCCCGUUUCCCUCGUGGGUCUUGCCCUCCUUGGGAAGAGGGCGGUAAGAGUAGCAUCUGCUGUGACACAGAGCCCAUGGAUCCUCUGCUCGCACCAAGGGGCUCGCUGGAACCAGGAAGACGGAGCGCUGAGGCCCGUCUUGGCCCCGCUCCUCCCUCCUCCCGGCUGGGCCCCAGAGGAUACUGGCCUUGCUGUCCUGCCCCGGGUGAGGGGAUGUGCAAGGAGGGGCCUUCAGGCUGGGGGAGAGCUGCCUCGCGGAGGGGGAUGGGACCGUGGGCCUGAGGAGAGAACAAGAAAGGCCUGGAAUGGGCUGGUCUGGGGAGAGGAGGGAGAGGGCGUGUCUGAGGGAAGGAGGGCGUGACCUCUGCAGAGGUACUGCUGGGAGGGUGGGCGCGGUGGCAGAUGGAGGGCUGCUGGAAGCUGGGCCAUUGCCUCCCCCUCCACUUGCUGGGGUCCAGUCUCCGGAGUUCCUCUGUCCCCGUGCUGGGCUCGGGGGGUGGGGGGCGGUGGCAUGUUGCUCAGUGGCAGGGCCGGGUGGGUGUGGACUCUGCAGGCCACUUCCAAGGUACGCGUUGUCCCCCCAGGGAGCUGCGGGGCUCGUGAGGGGCAGGAGGAUGGGCCGAGGCACCCCAGGGCCAGGGCACCACUGAGCUCUUGCGUCAGGCUGGGGCUCGGCCCCUUGUGCUCUGAGUUUCCGGUCACCCCAUCCUGAAAACUCCAGGACUCUUCAAAUGUCCUGAGUCACGUGGGGGCCCAGCCAUCCCCCUUCCUGGGGUGAGGGUCAAGCCGAGACCAUCCCCAGGGGCUGGGGCCUCCUGGCCUUCCCACACCCCCUCCCCUGCUGCUUGGAGGGGAGGGGAGGGGAGGGUGGGCAGGGCAGAAACCGAGUCCUUCAGGGUCGUCAACGCCAUCCCAGCCCUGCCUCCUCCAUCCCCUCAUCUCCUUCCUGGACCGGGCCCUGGGACCCACAGGACGUGAAGCACUGGCUGGUGCUCAGGGACCCCCGCCCCCCCCCAGUCCCCCAAGCCCUAAACUCAACGCCUCACUAACCUCUUUUACCAACACGUUCCGUCUGAAGAUGCUCUCCUUUGGUGCCUUCUUUUGUGGUUUUCCAAAUCAUCCUCAAAUCUUGUAUUGAAAAUAUUAUGCAAACUGUUUAAGCUUCUACUAAUCAAUAAAUGCUUUAUUUAAA